AUGGCACAACCCGGGCUCCCAAUUGAGGCCCUGCCCGCUUGGGCUUUGCUCAACGGCAUCACAUUCCCACAUGUCAAAGUCGCCAACAUCGAAGGGAAAGGCUUUGGUGUGGUAAGCGAUGGAGAGCUCAAGCCUGAGGUUCCUCUCAUGACAGUGCCGAACACGCUCGUUCUGAACGUCAAGGCUGUGGAUGAAUACGCCAAAGAAGACAAGAACUUCAAGCAACUCUUGGAUGCUGUUGGACAUCAUUCAGCCAGAAGGGAUAUCUUGUUGUUCCUGCUCGUCCAGUUGGUGCUGGCGUCUAAGGCACAUCAAGCUCCAGUAGGCGUCUCGAACCCGUGGACAGAGUACAUCAAGUUCCUACCCAAAACGGUUCUGGUGCCCACACUGUGGACGGAAGAUGAGCGACUACUCCUCCGAGGCACAUCUCUCGAGUCGGCUGUGAAUGCGAAGAUGACGGCCCUCACUGCCGAGUUUGAUGCGGUCCGGGAGGCCGCAUCUAGCCUCCCAACCUGGAACGACGUGUUGUGGCCCUUUGAGAACGGCAAUUCUCCGGCAUCUCUACGUAAUUGGAUUCUUCUGGAUGCACUUUACCGGUCUCGAGUCCUCGAGUUACCGAAGUCGGGGGAGUCGAUGGUGCCAUGCAUAGACAUGAUCAACCACUCGACCUGUGCGUCGGCUUACUAUGAUGAAAAUACCAAGGAUGAGGUAAUACUCUUGCCUAGACCAGAUAGAACGAUCUCGUCUGGCAAGGAGGUGACCAUCAGCUAUGGCGAUGCCAAGCCGGCCGCAGAGAUGCUGUUCAGCUACGGGUUCAUCGAUCCAGAAACAACCGUCGAGAGCCUCGUGCUCCCGCUGGAGCCAUUUGGGGAUGACCCGUUGGAAAAGGCCAAGCUCUUCGCGUUUAAGGACCUGCCUAAAGUCCACGUGGCUCACGACAAGGGUAGCUCUGCCGUGUCAUGGGACAGCCCGUUCGCCUACCUCAUGUGUGUGAAUGAGGAGGACGGCCUGGAUUUCCGGGUGCUGCAGGAUAGCGAGGGUGGCCGACAGCUCCGUGUGUUCUGGCGAGAGGAGGACGUCACAGACCGGAUAGGGGACUUUGAAACCCUUACUGAAAGUCAUGAAGUGCCUACGCUUAUCAAGUUACGCGUCGUCACUGUGGUUCAGGAGCGGUUACAGCAACAGCUUGAGAGAGCGCAGUCCUUUGCGGAUCUCUCUUCACUCCCCACCGGCGACGUUGGCUUGUUGAGGGACGAAUGUCAGCAGGCUGCGUCUCUUCUCAGGAGUAUCGAAACCGGUCUUCUAGAAGUCGUCAUAGAAUAUUUGGAGAAAGAGAGGCGCAUGCUACUGGCUGAUGAAAACGUGGUGGCAUAUCUCGGAUCGAUGGAAACUGUCGAAUCCGACCUAGUUGGCGAGGAGGCGUCCAAUGAGCCUGAGGAUUUCAGUUGA